CAGGGGAAACCCUAACAACAGGCGUCGUAUCUACGGGAGCAAGACUAACGCAAUAGUGUGUAUUUCGGAUAAUACGUGGUUGCAGUCACGAGACACAAUGAGGUAUUUGGUGUUGCUGGUUAUUUUUCUGGCACAUAAGGGAUCCCUCGCUUUCCCGUAUUUCAAAGAGCGUAUUCCGAAUGGAGGGGACGUUCCGAGCCCUUGUGAUCCACAGGCAAUCUGGAAAGGGGUGGGACACAAAAACUCAGAUGGUGGAGAUGCCAGGAACCCGUUUGGGAUGGACUUCUUCAAAGCAGGAAAGACAUGGACACGUGACCUCUGCAUGAUGGACUCUGAUGGGGAUGGAUUGACCAAUGGAGAAGAGUUAGGUGACCCAGACUGUGGUUGGACUCCGGGAAAUCCCCCUAUGAAGACCACAGGGCUAUCACACCCAGGUGUCUGUGAACCACUAAACAGUGAAAUAUGUCGGGAGAAGAACAAGUGGCUUGACUGUUCAGCGACAGGAAACAGUGACUGUCCAGCGUUUAGAGAGCCAGGCGUACAAAAUGUGACCAUAAGAUUUCCAAGGACAGAUGUCCCUCCCCACGUUACCAACUACUACUGUCAGAUAUUUGACCUGCCUGACGGCGAUUUUCAUCUCGUUGGGUCUCGCCCAAUCAUCGACAAUCUGGAACUUACACACCAUAUUCUCCUCUUCGGCUGUGACGAGCGAGAAGAAGAGGUGCCAGCUACACCCAAUGCCUCCCAAUGUGGCAUGUUGGCCCAUCCCAAAUGUAUUAACAUCAUAGGGACUUGGACUGUUGGGAGUUCCGGGGACUGUCUUCAUGUCAAUACCGGCUUCCGAAUUGGAACAAGGGGAUUCCGAAGAGCAGCGAUGCAGAUUCAUUGGAAUAAUCAGAGGAGACAAGAUGGCCAUACCGAUAGCUCUGGCUUGGUACUGUACUACACAGACAAUCGCCGAACGUACGACGCCGCCAUGUUUGCCGUUGGACAGGAAUUCAUUGAAAUUCCUCCUCGUCAACCGGAAGUUGACUUUCAUUCUUCCUGUUCUAGUGAUUGUACAACGGCCAUGUUCCCGACGCCUAUUUAUAUCACCCGGGCUGUCAAUCACAUGCACUAUAUGGGUAUAAAACAGAGAAUUACACUGCACAGGAAUGGUACGAAGAUCCGGGACAUCACAUUUGAUAAUCCCUACCGAUACGACAGUCCUGUCUUCUACAAGUACGACCCACCAAUAGAAGUCCUUCCUGGAGAUGAGAUUCGGACUACUUGCACUUAUUCAUCUAUCGACAAACAGAAGACGGUGUAUUUCGGAGACGGAACUUCCGAUGAAAUGUGUUUCGGGUUUAUGACUUAUUAUCCGAGACAAAAUAUCCCAAUGCCAUAUUGUACGACAUGGAAAAGUGUAGAAAAAUGCAAGCGAUAUCUACCCCAAUUUGGAGGAAUUGUCAAUGAAUGUCCAUGGAGGACAUUUUUGAGUUCGAAAAAUCCGGACACAAAACGUAUUGUAGGGAAUGUGCUCACACUAUGCAACAAUGAGUCACGUGACACGAAAUGCUCCGAUAUCUGUACGGAAACCGUGGAGAAAAGCCGAGAGCACGUGUGUUUAAAGGGGGAUUUAGGAGAACUGCUUAUGUAUAAAUUCAGGAUUAAAUAUCCAGAAGUUGUCAAUUAUUUUUUUAAGUGUAGACGAGAAGCAGAAAUGAACGGCAGCAAAAAUCUAAUAUCAUUGUCAUCAUUGUAUGUAUUAUCUGUUAUUUUGUCAUAUCACGUGUAUGUCUGAGGAGUAUUGGAGAAAAUAGUUAUGUUUGUAUUAUGUGUACAAGUAGUUGAUCUAUUGAAAGAGUGGACGUGAUUGUAUGCAGAAGUCUGUGGAUGUAAUAGGUUUUUUGUUCGCGAAAUUAUAUCACUUCUUAAAAUGCAAAUUCUUAUUUUGGAUUAUUUCUUUUGUACUGGGAAAUAUAAACGUCCGUCAGUAGAUAGUUUACAUUAUGGAACCUGACUUUACCGAUAUUGGACUUUAAGAACACCCUUAAAUACAUUGUCUUUGAUGAUCGACAACUAACAGAUUUCUAACCCUGAGUUUUCUUGUGAGCAAUUUCUUGCAAACAAUUGAAUGGUAAGAUCAGGUUCAUUGAAGUGUAGAAGGCAAUAUUAUAUGGUAGUUGUUUUUUUCCUAUAGUUUACAUCUAUACAAUUAUACAUUUUUUGAAAUGAUAAACCGAAUAUUGUAGGCAAUGUGUAUACAGAAUAUAACAGGGACAAUAUAUCUUUAAGGAAUAUAUUAAAUUAACAGUAUACAUAUAGUAUAAAGACUUCUAGUUAGAUGUUUGUUGUUAAUGUGUUUGUCGUUCCACUUUUACACGUACUUAUAUACAAUUUUGUCCAAAGAUUUAUAUACACAUGAUCAUAAGACAAAGCAAUGACAAAAUUUAAAAAAAAAACGGACUUGCAAAAGGCAAAAAUGUGCAAUUAAGAGUUCCAAUAUGAUUCACGCAGGCAGUGGUUAAAUUGGGCAUCAACACAUAAAACUGACAGGGAGUUGAUAAAGAUUGGAUCAAGGUACACAAAUUAACCGAAUCUAAAUACAUGAUGCAAAUGACACAGGAAGUGAAUAAAACAUUGACUUUGGUAGGAAUAUUAACUAAAUUAAUACAUUAUACAGUUGACAUUUUGUGAAAAUCAUACUUGAACAAGUGUUAACAAAGGAAGUUGAUGUUAUACGUGACGGAGGGAGUUGGUAAAAAUUGUACGUCGGUACCACGUUUCAUAUUUUACACAGUCAACAUAACACAGAUAAUUGGUAUAAGUAUAAGCUGGAGACUGACGUGGGAGAUAUGCAUUAUUGGGAGUAAUAUUAUAUGUUUCCUUGCACUAUGGAUGACCAUGGAAGAAACACGAGAAGAGGUAGAUAAAAUACUUGAGGUAGAUGACUGAAGUGUUAACGUUUAGUGAAGGUUUCCACGUGUAGUUGGAUCGGCGAAUGAGAAACACCACUUAAAGGUUGCCUCCGCUAACUUAAUAAAAUAAAGGUGAACUUUCAAUUUUCAUGCAUAAAUAGAUAAUGCUCUUAGAUGUCAGUCCCUGUUUUUUUUAUCCGUUUUGGACGAUCAUUGGACGAAUGAGUGUCCUGUUUGAGCAGGAUAAUACUUUCCUAAAUGCUUUACUUACCAAAACGAGACUACAUUGACAAAACGAGUGUACCAACCUGUGAGAGAGCAGUGACAAAGUCGAUUCAAAAUGAUCGUGAUUGUCAACCAUUAUAGCGAGAUAGUGAGACGACUCUUUUAAUUAUAAGUCUGCAUAUACUUUAACUAUGGUACAAGACUCGGCUGACAUCUUCUUCCACGGUGACCACAUUUUAUGGUGGGACAUCACAUUACGGACAUAUAUAUAUAUAUAUAUAUAUAUAUAUAUAUAUGAAGCUUAGGUUUCUCUAAACAUUUGUUACGAUAAUAAAUAUAUCAUAUGAGUAUAAGUGUUGUUAGCAUUGUAAUAGUGUUUUAAGAUUGCAAUUUAAAAUGAGAAACUUCUUAGAAAUUAUCUUUCCUAAUGAUAUGAUAUCUUUUUAAACGGAGAGGUUACAAAAGGACAUUAUUUCAUCCACCUUCAAAUAUUUGAUAAUAUCAAAGAGAUAAGUCACGAGUCGGUGACAAUGAUGGCACUACAGUUAUUACAAUACACCUAUCUGAGAUGUACAUAAAAGUUAACUUUGUGCCCUCAGAUAAUAACAAAUAUUAUUUUACGUGUCCGUUUAUUUAUUUGUAGAUACCUAUUUCUAAUGUAUUUUAGUGUAAACUUCAUUAGAUCUGCGUUUGUUGGUUUUUAUAUACCGCGAUAUAAAUGGAUUUUCUUCAUUUUUUAUAUUUAGAUGUAUUUAUUUCUUGUAAUUUUUUCUAUAGUCGUGAUGAGCCGGAGGCGGAGUUUGUUAUUACACACAUUGUUGCGACACUCGCAGUAAUAGAGAUAAGUCCUCGUUUAUGUCAUGUUCAGCUAAUAAACCAAAUGAAUGACAUAGAGAGAAAACAACAAUGAAUAAAAUGGUGUAAGGAAAUUAUUCUUCAUAUUCAAAUGCGAUAGAUCUUCGAUUGAUAAUUAAAAAAAAAGAAAAUCCUGUGAAUUGUGUGGUGUUUACAACCUUAAUACAUCGCCGUGUACUUAAAGUGAUGAUGAAUUGCUUUGAUCAGCUGUCAUAGCAAGAUUUUUAAUUGCUCUCAUGAUCUAAUAUGGGUUUGAUAAUAACGGAAAGUUUUACUUUGAUAAAUGUACAUUUAUAAUCAGUCCUUUUAUAUCGAUGAUUGAAUUUUUUUUAAGAAACUGAAUUGUAAUGUAUAGUAAGUAGACAUUCCAAUACUAAAACAAUGAUACAAUGAGCUUUUUGUGUUGUGUUAAUGUAAGGCAUGGUAUCUAAUUUUAAAUGUAAGAUAUUUACGCAGA